CGGCAACACUGCUUUUUAACUGUUUAUUUAUUUAUUUAUAUUUUUAUUUACAAGAGAAAAUCUGGAUAAUGUUUUUAAUUAUAUAAAAUCUCAUUUAUUACAUAAGUUAGUUUUAAGCAAACAAAGAUCUGUUACAAGUUCUUCUAUGUGAUUGAUAUUUUUUAUAUUUAGAUUGUGCCAAAAGUACUUAAUCAUCAUGUGUUCGGGCAAGUGUUGUAUCUUCUGCACUGUUUACACAGCUGUUCUGGUGUUCUUAGUUGGUCUUUUGUUGUUUGUAAUCGUGCCAGUUAUAUUCAUGUUUAGUGUGGGGAUUCAGAAAAGUCUUGUUUUUCCAACAUAUAUAAUAGAACCAAAAAACUAUUCAAACUCGGAGGAUUAUGGGAUAACAGGAGUAAGAAAUAUGUAUAUUGAUGUCCCUAAUGCUAAUACUGAAAAUGUAACAUUAGGAUUGUGGCAAAUUUUGCCCAAAGAAAUUGUUAGUGAUAUAAUAAAAAACGACGAAUAUAAUUUCGAUGGGGUUUUGUCUAAUGAAAAAUACAAAAUUUUAUUGUACCUUCAUGGUAAUGGCUCUGAUAGAACCAAAUCUAUAGAGCUAUAUGAAAUUUUAAGGGAAUUCUUCCAUAUAUUUGCCGUUGAUUAUAGAGGCUAUGGAGAUUCUACAGGAAGCGAUCUCACAGAAACUAACAUGGUAAAUGAUAUGAAAUAUAUUUUUAAAUGGAUACAGGAAAGGAGCAAAUCAAAAAUUUUUGUUUGGGGACAUUCAUUGGGUACUGGAAUAGCUACCCAUUUAAUUGCAGAGCUCAAAAAAGAACAUAUCAAUUCUACUGGUUUAGUAUUAGAGGCCCCGUUUACAUCAGUGAUUGAUGUUAUGAGAACCCAUCCUGUAGUCAAGUUUUAUUCAGUUCUUCCAUGGACAGAAGCCACAAUAUUGAAUCCUAUAAAAACUAACGAUAUGAAUUUUGAUUCUAAAAGCUAUAUUACAGACAUAGAUUGCCCUAUAAUGAUAUUGCACGCUGAAGAUGAUGAAAUUAUACCUUACAAUAUUGCUACAGAGUUAUACUACACUGCUAUUAAUAAUAGAAAUUCUACAUAUCAAGGCGAUGUUACUUUUCAUUUGUAUCCUCCCAAAGGCAACGGUCAUAUGUUGUUGUAUUUGGAACCUGAUCUCUCAAAGCAAGUCAGAUCGUUCAUUGAUCAGUGUCUCGAUUUUAGCAAGAAAAAUCUCUGAAGUGGCUACAAUAAAUCACUGUGAUAACUUUUGAGAUUGGAUCGUACAAAAUAAGUUUUAAAAAUUGUGUAUUCCUUUUUAUUAUUGUAUUAUGAAAUAGUUCAAUCCUCUUUUUAUUGAAUAAAAAAAAGUAUAUGUGUAAG